AUGCGCAGGUGCGAGCAGUGCCGCCGCUCGCUCGAGAGCGAGCUGCUCAGCGCGCCAGUAUUGGGCGAGUCCUACGUGCUCCUGCCCACGGCCAGCGCCUCCCAGAGCAUGUUGCUGCUGCAGAAGCUGCCCACGAACGCGGCGCCGCCGCCCGAGAUGGACGAGUCCGGAGCCUUCGGGGAGGACCUGUACGCUAGUGCACGCUACAACCUGUCGCUGCAGCAGCAGCACCAGCAGGAGCAGAGGCGGCAGCAGGCGCAGCGUCGACAGAAGCUCCAGCAGCGCCAGCGACGCCAGCAGCAGAGGAUGAAGGACAGCUUCACGGCCGCGGGGAGGCCCUUCGAGGCGCAUGUGGGUCGAGCGAGCAACGAAGAGGAGAACGCAGAGCUGGAGGACAGCAUGGUGGCUGUGCCCACGUACGCGGACGUGAGUCACCACGUUCAACUGCUCACGACGCAGCAGGCUCAUUGUGCUGGGCUGCCGGUGACAACGCCGGUGUGCAAGGAGUGCAUGGAUGGCAUGGUCACGCUCAUCGACGGUCAAGCGGAGCGAGCGAGGUAUGAGAAGCGGUGCUUUGCUGGUUUCCUGCACAAUACGACGAGCUCUGUUGUUCACAGUGAGGAUGUGGAGCAGAUCGACGACAAGAUUCGAUUUUAUGAAAACGAGCUAAACGCGCUGGAGGAAAGUCUAAAGCUUAUGGAGCGCGAACGGGAAGUCAUUGCUCAGCAGCAGGAAGCGAUGCAUGAGGAGGAGAAGGCUCUCAUUUACGAAGAAGCUGGACUGUGGGAACAGUUUAACGGGCUGCAGUUGCAGGAGGCUGUAUUUCGCGAGGUUCGAGAUGCAGGCACUGCGCAGAUCGACGCGAUGGAGCGGAAAGGAGCGUCCGCCAAACACCUGAAUAUCCUGACCGACAUGUUCGUCAUCGGCUAUGACGGCGCCUUUGGCACGAUUAAUCAGUUCCGCAUGGGCCAGUCAGCGUCGUUUGCGGUCGAAUGGAACGAGAUAAACUCUGCCUUUGGUGAAUGCGCUUUACUUCUGCAAACCUUGGCAAACAUGGUUGGAAUGGAGUUCUCUGACUUUAAGAUCGUACCACUGGGCAGCUUCUCCAAAAUGAUCCGGACGAGCAACCUACGCAUGGAGUACUGUCUACACGGUUCGGACCAGCAGAAUUUUGCUGAAUCGCACUUCAACUUAGGCCUCGGUGCCUGGAUCACGUGCUUGGGCCAGUUGAUGGCGUUUGUUCGGGCUCGAGACGCGUCCAUUCGAUUGCCUUACAAAGUUGCGAAGCAUUCUAUCGGAGGCUACUCCAUUCUCUUUCUGAAGAACAAGCACAAGGAGUGGACCAAGGCUCUCAAGUACGCGCUAACCAACUUGAAGUGGCUACUUACGUGGGUCACCGCCCGUGGUCACAGCAUUUCUGCGCCAAACGUGGCAGCUUCUGUUGCUGUACCCGUUCCGAGCAAAGCUGCUCUCGCAUUUGCUGCUCACCCUCCCGUAAUGCGCACCAGUGGAUCGAAGCAGAGUGUUGUCAUCAUGGAGCACUUCUCGUAA